GGUGAGAGCUAACAACAGAGCCACUGAUUGAAAGCAGAGUUCUCUAAAUCAUCGCAGAAUCUGUAUAAUUGCAACAUGUUUGCUUUGUUGGCCAGUGUUCUCCUCUGCUUGCUGUCCGUGAGCCAAUCAGCUCCUAUGGUCUGUGAACGACUGGUCCAUCCUUUGGGUCAGCUGGAUCCUCAUCAUUUUGAGGGAGGAUGGGCUCUAGUAGCAGGAAGUCUCAACCACGCACCAUCCAUGGAGGCCCUGAAGCUGAGAGACAGCAUCACUAUGUUCUUCUCCAACUCAGGUGAAGCUCCCGAUUUCUCUUACACGCAAAUCAACCGCUUUGGUGAUCAAUGCCAGUACCUACGCUACAACAUCACCGUUGAGGGCAGUGCCUUCACCUUCAAUGUGGGGAAUCGCUUCAACCUCACCGGGGACUUCCUCUAUACUUCCUGUCCAGACUGUGUCGUUAUGCGGUGGAUUGUGCAGUCAAGUAAGAGGAGAUCUAUGGACAUGUAUCUGCUGAGCAGGAGGAGGGAGGUGGAGCAGAAGGAGUUGGAGGAGUUCAGGCAUCAGCUGAACUGUUAUGGGCUGCCUACACCUGUUGUGAUGGAUCCAACCAAGGAGUCCUGUCCAGAACAACCUGAGAGCGAACCGACAGCAGCAACAGAGGCUCAGGUUGAGGAGAAAGCUGAGGAACAAAAGGCCUGAGGGACUUUGGCACAUUUGUUCAUGAUAUUCUGUCACACAGUAUAGGAAUUAAGUAUGACUGAAUUGCUUGGUGCUUUGUUAAGAUUGAAUAUUUCCACAUAUAUUUAUUUUGAUAUUAGGGCUUGUAGAUCAAUAAAAUAAGUACAUAUUUAUUUGGCAUGGAGAUAUGUCACCCAAAAUCAAUUUCUUGAAUGCAACGCAUGACAUGAUGAAUUCUAUUCUGCAGCAGACAGAACAAUCUGUUUUCUUUCUUUAAAUAUGUGGACAUCUCAGUAUUUUUCUCAAAAUGUUCUGUCAUGAUUACAAAAUAAUAAAAAACAUGUUCAAAAACUAAUGCUGAAUACUUGUACAAUCUGUUAAUAAAUAAAUAAAUAUUAAUGAACA